UAAAUGUCAAACAACACAGUCGGCAAGAAUGUCGCGGAACCGCGACGACGUAUUCGAAAUUUGAAUUCGAAUUUUAACUGGCCAGUAAAUCGUUAACAAAAUGGUGGGAAAAUUGUGGUUAUCUUUUUUUAUUGUGAUAGUUUUGGCGGCAGUCCUCGAUGGCCAGACCUUGGGAGGACCGAUGCACGGCAAAGUGGUGGUUUGUUACGUGGCCACCUGGGCGGUCUACCGCCCGGGAGCUGGGAAGUUCGAGCUGAGUGACUUGGAACCCUCCCUCUGCACACACCUCGUGUACUCCUUCGCUGGACUGGACGAACAUACACAUAGCAUAAAGAGCCUUGACCCCUGGCAAGACCUAGAGAAGGAUUACGGCAGAGCUGGAUACAAACGCUUGGUGGCUUUGAAGGAGAGGUACCCUCACCUAAAAGUGACGGUCGCUAUCGGAGGCUGGAACGAGGGUUCCGCCAAAUAUUCCAAAAUGGCCGCCAACCCUGAAUCCAGGGCGAAGUUUAUACAGAGCGUCAUGGUCUUCUUGGAUACGUACAAAUUUGAUGGUCUCGACUUGGAUUGGGAAUAUCCGACCAGACGAGAUGGCAAUCCUGAAGACAAAGUUAAUUACGUGACUAUGGUGAAGGAAUUAAAGGACGCGUUCGAGCCUCGCGGCUACAUACUGACUGCGGCGCUCGGGGCCGGUAAGGAGACAAUGGACGCCGCGUACGACCUGGCCAAGCUGAGCCGCUACCUGGAUUUCAUCCACAUGAUGUGUUACGACUAUCACGGCACCUGGGACGGCGUGGUCGGCGCCAAUGCGCCGCUCCGGGGUACUAAUGAUCAGGAUGUUUUGAGUGUGGAAUACACCAUAAAAUACAUGCUCGCCCAUGGCGUUAGCCCCUAUAAGAUGGUCCUGGGUCUGCCGAUGUAUGGACGCAGCUUCUACCUCGAGAACCCUGGAGUUAAGAAGAUACUGUUCGGAGUGACAGCUGUUAAGAGUAGCGGAUUCCCUGGCCCGUUCACGAAGGAGGCUGGGUUUUUGGGAUAUAACGAGAUAUGCAUGGAGACAACGAACAAAUCAACAGAAUGGACGCACCAUUGGCACGAGCAGACCUCCACCCCCUACCUGCGGGACGGCGCCCGCGUCAUCUCAUAUGACAACGCGAGGUCUAUUGCCAUUAAAGUGAAAAUGGCCAUAGACUACGGUCUUGGCGGGCUCAUGGUGUGGAGUAUAGACACGGACGACUUCCGCGGCGCGUGCGAGAGCGAGACGGAUGCAUAUGUUGAUUUCGUUGAACGAUACAACAAGAUUGUCGAUGAACCGAUUUUACAGGAGGCGUUGAAAACCUUGAAGUUACCGGAUGCUAACCGCAUAGAAAACCUCAGCAGACGGACCGCUUACGUGGUUUCAAACAACCGACUGCACUUACGUUUACCAGAGGAAACUUAUUCCAACUAUAAUCUUAUGAGGACCAUAAACGAGGCGACACUCAUCGCUUUAGAGGAAAAGAGAAUUCUCGACGAAAUAGAACUGGUCAAUAAGAAGAACGAGAUAGAAGAACGUGGUGGGAAGAGUGCGGCAGAUACUGCAACUGUCAAUGUCAUUUUCACGGUGUUAUGUCUGUUCGCAAUGAGUUUGAACGUUUGACGUAUUUUUUUUUUUUUAUUUUGGAAUGUCACAAGUCAUAAUCCAUAAAUAGGAUGUGAGUUUUGGAAUAUAUAUUACAGAUUCAGAG